AUGUCGACUUCCGGCUCAUCGGGAUCUACUCCUCAGCGUUCGGUUACGUUCUCAGCCGGCACACCCCUGAAAGACAUGUUGGUGCAGGCGGGAAAUGUGCUCUCAGCUACUGUAGCCUCCGGUUAUACAUUUGCUUACUUCCUUGCUCUAGGAAACUGGGACCACGUCUGCGAUGAAAGAAAAGGGCAUUUCGCCAUUGACCACUUCAAAGUUGGCAAACCAAGGUUACCCAAAGUUCGUAUGAAGCACGUCCACAACCUACCCACCAAUAACUCCUAUCAUAUGGAGAAACCUUUUGCGAGAAUGCCGGAGCAGGUUUCCAUCAAUCAACAGAAUCAGAACGCGAAAGUAGUGGAAGACGAAGGCUCCUUCUUGAGAGUCUGUGACCAAACUCCUUCGAGCACUUCGCUUCCCAUCACUCCAGUAACCGAAGGUUUCUCUGCCACAGCUCCGACCACGCGUCCGGCUAGCGUUACACUUGACGAUUCGCGCCCGGAUACUGAAGAAGUUUUUCGCCUGAAACUACAGCUAGCACAAGCCAGAAACCACAUCUCUAAGCUGGACCAGGAGCUUGCUCAGUCGCGAUCUGCCAAGGAAUCUGACACAGCAAUCCCUCGCACUGAAACAGCUCCUCGGGAGAAUAUUUGGAGCAGAGGCACCCCAGAUGAUACUCAGUCCGAUACUAGUGAUUCUGCCUCGGCCACCGCACUUAAUCGUGCCCGUGGAAUCUGGGGAUCUACAAAGGCGCCCUUCGCCAACAACAACUCUCUUCAUCCCCCAGCUCCUGAGCCAUCUCCCGCUCACUGGUUUGGCGGUCGGGGAUUUAAUCAGGGUUGCGUAGACCCAAAUUCGCCUUACAUCCUCGUUGACAAUCAUCGCCCUGAGCGUCAAGCUCCUGAUCACGACAUCAUGCGCCCCCCAUCGAACCGCCGUGGUGCUCGCUUCGACAACCGAAUGAAUCCAAGCCACCAGUUUGGGGCCUCAUAUGUCAAUCUCAACGGCCCAGCUCAUCAGUUUGACUCUGUCGGAGGCCCAGUGCCUGUCCCUGUCCCGGCAAUUGGCACUCCUCUUUCUCCCCACGCCUCAGAGUUCACCUCGAAGGCUGGCUGGAAGAAUGAGGUUGUCCCAUCAGAGGGACCAACUUAUCUCCCACCAACAGAGCCUCUUAAUUACCGCCGCCUCCUCGACCGAAAUCUCAAGGUGGGCACACCAGAGCAGAAAUAUGAGAUUGUCGAAGCGAUUGUGGCGCAGGCAUACCCCUUGAUGGUCAACAGGUUUGGCAACUUCCUUGUUCAACGCUGCUUUGAGCAUGGAACACCAGAGCAGGUCAUUAAGAUUGCCGAAGCCAUCCGUGGCAACACUCUGAACUUGUCCAUGGAUCCCUUUGGGUGCCAUGUUGUGCAAAAGGCAUUCGACUCAGUCCCGGAAGAAUACAAGGCAAUCAUGGUUCACGAGCUCCUCCGUCGAAUCCCCGAGACCGUGAUUCACAGAUAUGCCUGCCACGUUUGGCAAAAGCUUUUUGAGCUUCGAUGGACCGAAUCUCCACCUCAAAUUAUGAAAUUUGUCAACGAAUCUCUCCGAGGAAUGUGGCAUGAAGUUGCCCUUGGAGAGACCGGUAGUCUUGUUGUUCAGAACAUUUUUGAGAACUGCCUCGAAGAGGACAAGCGCCCUUGCAUCGAAGAAGUCCUUGCCAAUAUCGACAUUGUGGCUCACGGCCAAUUUGGGAACUGGUGCAUCCAGCACAUAUGCGAGCACGGAGCGCCCCCUGACCGCAGCCGGGCCAUUGACCACGUCAUCCGGUAUGCCGCAGAGUAUAGCACUGAUCAAUUCGCCUCCAAGGUUGUGGAGAAGUGCCUCAAGAUUGGAAGUGCCGAGUUUCUCGGUCGAUAUCUUGAUCGAGUUUGCGAAGGGCGCCGCGACCGUACUCGCAUUCCUUUGAUUGACAUUGCCAGCGACCAAUACGGAAAUUACCUUAUUCAGUGGAUUCUUAACAACGCUUCUCCUCAACAUCGUGAGAUGGUUGCUGCCCAUAUCCGAAAGCACAUGGUCUCUCUCAGGGGGUCCAAAUUUGGAUCUCGUGUCGGAAUGCUGUGCACCAACCACGCGGUCACGACUCGCCCUGGCCCCGGCGUUGGGCCCGGUAUGAGCAGCAGCCGCAUCGGAGGACCAGGACCAGCCAGGUUCGGAACCUCUUACCGCUGA